UAUCUAGCGAAUAAAGAUAGUGAAUACGAAGUGACUAUGAAAAUAGUCUUUGUUAAAAUCCAUUGAUAGAGUAUGUAAGCGUGCAAGGAAUCUGACGGAUAUGAAGGUUAAUGUAAUACAUCAGCGUCAUUAUGCACUCAUCACGUCACGAUUCAAGUUCAUUGUUUCAUAUCUUUAACGCGGAAUGGACAUUAAUGGGUAACCCUACUAAUAAUUGUAGGUAUAUUACGAUUAUAACGACGGAUGUAGCUUUCGACAACGCAACACACGAGGGUUGCAUAUCGGCGCAAUAACACGACACAUGACCAAUUUAAAAUGCUCUCUGACCUCCAGACAUGUCUGUAAUACCAAAAAUGUCUUGCUUACCUCAGCUACUAUUACAUAAUUAGGUACAAAAUCAGCAGCAGAAGGCACAUUGAUGUCAUCAAGGAAAAAGCUAAACUGAAGAAAAUAAUUUUUAUGCUUAGUUUUUGUAAAUAUCUUAUCUGAGACGUGUCGCGGCCACGGCUACUAUUCCUUAUCUACAAAACAAGCUAUCGAAUGUGUCUUCAAGGAAAACUCUAAACUAAUUAAACAGAAUAAAAAAUUUUAGUUUCUGCACCUCGCUUUUGAGAGUUGAGACGUGUCCUAGAAGAAUUGUACCUAUAUUAUUUAUUCGUCUUAAACAGAUUUACUUGUGAAUAAAUAAUUGAAUGACUUGAGUAAUGCCACCUGAAUUGCUAAAGUCUAAUAGACGUAACGAGAGCCGUCGGUAAAACAUGUCUACUUAUCAGUUAUACCACAAACGCCUUCCCAGGAGAAUACAUACCCACAGUAUUCGACAAUUACUCGGCGAACGUCAUGGUGGACGGCAAGCCCAUCAACCUGGGCCUCUGGGAUACGGCGGGCCAGGAGGACUACGAUCGGUUGCGACCGCUCUCCUACCCACAGACAGACGUGUUCCUCAUAUGCUUCUCACUCGUCAACCCGGCGUCGUUUGAAAACGUGCGAGCUAAGUGGUACCCUGAAGUGCGACAUCAUUGUCCGUCGACGCCCAUUAUCCUAGUGGGCACCAAGCUUGAUCUUCGCGAAGACAAGGACACCAUUGAGAAGCUAAAGGACAAGAAACUAGCGCCCAUCACUUACCCACAGGGUCUCGGUAUGGCGAAGGAGAUUAACGCGGUGAAAUAUCUAGAAUGUUCCGCACUCACGCAGAAAGGCUUGAAGACUGUCUUCGACGAGGCAAUACGCGCCGUGCUCUGCCCCGUGCAGCCCAUCCGGCCGAGGCGGAAAUGCGUUCUGCUCUAAGGUAUUGUGGCCGUACAAAGAAGUGUUAACAGCGUAGCUUUCUAAUAUAGAUCGCACCGGAGGUACGUCUCUGUCGCAGUUAGACGCGCGUGCAAGGACUGCAAUAAGCAUACAUACGAUGUUAAUUUUUACUGUUAACGCAUAUUAUUGUAACGUGGGUCGGUGUGAAUGAGUCUUGUAUGUAAUCGCUUCGUAAGUUAACCUGUCACUGGCAGUUGUAAUAACCUCUUUUUAGGGCUGUUUUAUUGUCUAUGGAAUUGUCGCCCGCCAAUUUUAAAAAUGUAAAAGGUUGUCGCGAAGCUGUUGCCUCAUUUAUAUUUUUUUUUUCUGUAUCGAAUGCCGGGUUUUAGUUUUUAAAUCAAUGUAAAGGUGGUUUUGCUAAUGGAAUUAACUUUUGUGCGAUUUGUUUUUUAUGUUGUGGUCGUAGUAUAUGCAAGCAAAUGUCAGUGACUAUGGAGUUUAACUCGAUUUGGGUGCUCUCCUCUUGCAAUUAAUUCUGUUAAUUACAAUAUUAAGUUACAUUCCUACCUUGUUUUGGAGCCCAUUUCUACGUUCGGUACCUAAUUAUUGUUUAUUAACUCUUAAAUAAUCGAUUAAUAUUUUUCAUUGAUUAAUGUCGGUAAUUUAAAAAAAAUGGAAUUGUUGAAAUUUGUGUUAGGCAAAGAUUAUAUUUUUCGAUUUUAAUUAAAUAUUGCUUAGUUUUUGUUCCCGAUUGUUGUAUUUCAAUGUAUAUGUGUCUAUAAGUACAUUAUUUGUUAAGAAUGUGAUUGUUACGCGACCGCGUAAAAUGGGAACUUGGUUCAUUGAUAGUAUUCUUUCACUAAUAUGCUGCUUGAGCUUCUGUCAAAGCGUUUUAUUCUCAUUUAAAAUAAUCAAUUCAUAUAUUUCAGUAAAAAUAUUUCUUCUGUACCGUUUGGUAAAAAUACCGAUUUACACAGUAUGUAUAUGGUAAUGUAUGUCGCUACAGAUGUACCUAUAAUUAUGAAAUGUGUACUAAAAAGUAGAGUUAUUCAAUGUACAAAAUCACAUGAAUAAACAGUAACGUAAUUCUGUAAUUUUUAUACCGAGCACUUGACAAUUUCUGUAUAAAGUAUAGUAGGAAGUAAAUAUAAGAAAAACCCUUUUUAUCAUAACAACUUUUUAUAGUGGCUGUACUUAGAAAUUUCGAUUGAAUAAAACACGAGUGAGUGACUGUCUAUUUCGGAUAAGAAUAGUCGGGUUAGAUCGCCAAUAUUCAUUAAUCACUCUAUUCUCAAUUCUAUAUUGCUUUGAUAGAAGCUAAAAUCGCUGUGUAGAAGCGCCCGUGCAAGUGGAUGCCCAACGCGUUACAUACAUAUCGGUGAAAAUAGCUAAGCUUAGUAAGGGUGUAACUGUUUGAUUGUACGGCGAUGAUUUAAUGGCACAUUGUUAAACGAUGAUUAAUUUUAUGAACUACUUUUUAAUGUUGAAAUUUGAUUUUCAUGAAUUUAUAGAAAUUUACAACCAAAAAUGUAGGUACUUUAUAAUCAAAGCAAUAGGUAAUACUUUGAUAUUUGAUAUUAAUACGUUUUUUUAAUUCUAAAACACAUUUUAUGCCAGCAAAUUAAAAAAGAUGUGUCAUUGAAAACUCGCCUCUAAUGGAAUGCUAAUGAUAACGAUUGCAGACGGUGUUAUUAUUUGAUAAUUCUGUCGUCAAUGGGUACUUUGAACCGCACAAUUAUAGCGUUAUUAACCGACCGAAUGGAGGAGGACACUGCUGUCUAACUUGAUUCGUACGUACGAUGUCCUCCGCGAUUAGGUCGCGUAUACUUAAUUCGUGAUCUGGGAGACUGAAAUUGGUGUAAUGCUAGCGGUCUUGAAAUUUUUUCAUUGAGCUUGUACAUUUUUUGUAGGUAAACAGUUUCAUACCAAGCUUCUGUACGUAUCUAUCUGUAUAUAGGUACCUACUAUGAAAUUUGUAGCAGAAUAUAUUUUUUCAACAUUCAUCAAUCUCCCAGCACACGACUUCAUGGGAGACAAUUGUCGCUGAAAAUGUGAUACCGGGUUUAGGCUUUAAUUGACUAUUUACUCACAAGGCCUUGCAUAUUACUUUCUACAAAUGUGACUGACAUAGUAUAACGUUUCGACGAACCACGGUGGUUUUAUUUUAAAUUUAAAUUAUGGCACUAAGUUAAUUACUGUCUAAAUCCACUCCUAAAAUAUUGAAAUAAAAAAAAACAAUCUUAAUGUAAGAAUACGUGUAAGUUUGCGUUUAGGAGGUGCAAUUGUUCUUGCUUAACACAAUGUUAUGUUGAAAUCGAACGCAGUUCUGGUAUAGUCGCAACUGCAUGUGGAAAUCCGUACUGCCGAUUACUGCUUUAACUAUAAGUACAUAAAGGCUAAAAUUCAUAAAUUUUUCCCACGUUCUGAACAGCUUUCGUAAACCGUUCACGCAAAAUGCGACCUUAUUCCUACGAUCUAUAUGCAGAGUGUUAAAUAACACCGCGACUUUAUCAAAAACGCAUUCAGCUUCCACGCUGCCAUAGACAUUUCUUUGUUUUAUGGACAGUUGCAAAUUUCCACUUCCAUAAUUUGAAAAAGCAUUAGCAAUUGCACUAAAUAUACAACAUAGCCGUAAGAUUUUAAUGUAUAUGUAUUGUUCAGAUGCAAAUAUUUAGAAGAAUCAGCAUGUAAAUAACAUUAAUUUUAGUAUUAACUAAAGUAUAUAAGCCAACGCACCAUUUUCCCUGGUGUUGCAUUUUUUAUAUAAUUAGACAUCAUUUUAGUGGGGUGAUAUGUGAAGGGGGAUGCUCUAAAAGCAUUUACACACCAGGAUAUGAAGGUACCGCGCCGGUUCUUAGAAAAUUGUAUAUUCGUUUGUGUGCAAAAUGAAAAUGUAUUUUAUGUACCUGUGUGGCAAUAUGAUAACACCUUGAUCUGCUCCAUUUUUGAGGUACAGUCGGUGGAAGUAGUAUUUUCGAUUAUAGAGUAUUUUCCAAUUUUUUUAAAACUGAUUGUAUUUAAAGUUUGGGACAAACGAUUUAACAGAAAAAUAAAUAGAUGUCUUUUUUUAUCCAUUAAACCAAUUAAAGUUGAAUUUAUUUUUAAUGGUUUUGAAUUUACCGCCAAAACGCUCGGUUCGAUGACGUCUACUGUGUGA